AUAAACAAUGAAUUUAUUUGGAACCAAUUCUCAUGUAUUUAGUUCCUCAAAUAAUCCUUUAAAACUGUCACUGAUAUUGGGGGAAUCGAUUACCCGCAUUAAGCGACUUAUUGCUAUAUAUUAGUUGUGAUGCCAUCGUUUUUGAUUAUUUUUUUUACCAUUUGCAUUCAAAUGUUAACAUUUCACUAUUAUUAUCUAUAUGAGCCACAGUUUGGCCACCCCUGAUCUAUAUAUAGUCCAUAUAAUUGAAUUAAAACCAAAGAGAGUAUUAUUAUAAUUUAAAGUAAACAAGAUGAUCUUAAUAAUGCAUUGAAGGUUUGAUAUAUAGUUAAUGCAGAUUGUCAUUGAUUGCUAAUAUGUAUCUAAUUGUGAAGGAAAUAUAACAAAUAAAGUUAUUGUGUUUGGCAAUAUUCGAAAUGGGUAAAAAUACUGGGUAAUCAUUAACAUUACUGACUGUUAGUAAAUUAUGUUUAACGAUCCAUUAAGUUAUUUUGUACGUUUCCUAGACUGUUUUUAAUGUAAUAAAUAAUAUUUUAAAUAGAAGUCAUCCAAAGAAAAUUACGAAAUACAAUAUAUACAGAUCGAUAUACCGAUUCAAGAAGAAGACAAGGAAGUCAGAAAACUAAUUUAUCAUCAAUUUAAUAUCGUAAUAACUUGUUGUGUAUACAGAGUAUUAAAUAAAUGUAUUCAUCGUUGGGACGUGAGUGCUGAUAGUAGUACGAUGAAGGUGACGACGUCGAUGUCUGAAGAUAAUUUGAACUUUAUUACGGUAAUCGUAAAGUUUUCUAAUUGUUGUGGUUUCAUUCCGCGUUGCAAUUACAUCAAGAAGCCAAGACUUCUUUUAUUAUAUCGUGCAUUAUCUGCCCUGAUGAUCUUCAUUGUGGUUUCGAUAAACGUUUACUUCUACGUAUGUAGGCAGGACGAGUUCUACGGUGCCACAAUUCUCAACACGUUCGUUUUCGUGAAAGGAUUCUUCAUAAGCGCAUCAUUGUUAAAUGGAUACACAACUGCCAUCAUAAGGAAUACAGAGGACUAUAAAAGGUUCAUGCAUUUGACUAUAGAAUGUUGUAAGCUACAUGGAAAACACAAUUACAGACAAUUCUCAGUCAUAUUCUGGAUUGUUUCCUUCAAUGUCUACUUAAUCGGAGUGAAUGCAUACAACAUUUAUUUAUGGAAAUACAACGUUGGUUUGGAUAAGACGAAGUAUCUAAUAUUUCAAGGCGUGCAAGGAUAUCUUUUUUACAUGAUUUCUAUGUACCUCUUCUCUUACAUAAUCUUUAUAAAGCGCACUCUGACUGCUGCUCGGAAAAUGCUGCAAUAUUGGAUGCCGCAACAAAGCCUGAAGAGGUUGAAGGAGAUCAUAUUCUCUUUCAGCACUAUUUGCGAUCUAAUGGAUGGCUUCAAUGACAUAUUUGGCAUCCAGCUAUUCCUUACCUUGAUCCUAUUACUAUACGACAUUAUCUUAACUAUAAACAUUAUAAUCGUAUCGGAUUUCAAGGAGAACCAUCCGAAUCUCUUUGUAGUCCAGAUAUUUUGGACCUUUACGUUGAUCAUUCCCGGAAUAUUGGCUGCUACCUUUUGUGAACAGAUGAAGUACGAAAUUCGUAACGUGAAAACGAUCUGCACCAAAGCUGCUUCAAUGUACGAUAAGGAAAUUCGCGAUCAGUUUACUGCGCUCCUGGAUACGCUUAACAAUAGAACGUCGAAUAUUUCAGCUGGUGGAUUCUUCUGUAUUGAUCACAACUUACUCUUCACUCACGUUAAUAUUCUGCUGACUUAUUUAAUAGUUGCUGUACAAUUUUCUUCCUCUAAAACAUAAUUGCAAAGCUUCAGAUUCUUGUAAUUAUUUUACA